UUUAGUAAGAGCAGCUAGUCUCGUACUACCGUUUAGUGCAAACACACACAGGGAAGAUGAACGCGCCGCCAGCCUUCGAGUCAUUUUUAUUGUUUGAGGGGGAGAAAAAAAUUACAAUAACGAAGGACACCAAGGUGCCAAACGCUUGUUUGUUUACGCUGAAUAAAGAAGACCACACGCUGGGAAACAUCAUCAGAUCACAGCUCCUGAAGGACCCUCAGGUGUUGUUUGCUGGGUAUAAGGUUCCCCACCCACUAGAGCACAAGAUUGUGAUUCGGGUCCAGACAACCCCAGACUACAGUCCUCAAGAAGCCUUUACAAAUGCCAUCACUGAUCUGAUCAGCGAACUGUCGCUGCUGGAGGAGAGGUUCAGGGUUGCCAUCAAAGACAAGCAAGAAGGAAUUGAAUGAACGCUACAGCUGUGUCAGACCCUGGAUGUCCACUGACGACUGCUCCAGCCCCUUCUUUGAGCUCUUUAAUGAGUUUAAGUCGCUCAGUUUGUCUUUGUCAUCUCUGGGCUUCUUGGGCUGAAGCUAAAUGUUCUUCUCGCUCCAGUCCAGUAAACAUGGAGACUGUUGAAACUGUCUGUGAAGUCAUUUUCAGUUUGAAUAUUAUUGUGUUGCCAUGUGUGUGUCUGAUCUUUGUAUACACUUUGUCAUGAAUAAAUGUAAUUUUGGUA